AUGCAAUCCGAUUUUCGGAUAUUGCUCGUGGUCCUACUUGUGUUCGCCGAACCGCUUCAAUCAUCACCACCGGAAGCGACACUAUCAGACGUCGAGCUGACGUGUCCGGAAGACUGGAUCCGGCUCGGCUCGAAAUGCUAUCUGCCGUUCACUGUCUAUGAGAGUUGGCCGUUCGCGUUGACGACGUGCCAACGGUACGGCUCGAUGUUGGCGCAAAUUCAGACGUCGUCCGAGAAUCGCUUCAUCGCUUCGCUUCUAUCGAGACCGGCGAGCAAAUCCGGCGACGUCAAAGAGUACUGGAUCGGUUUGACGGUCGAAUCGACCGACAAGGACGAGCUGUUCCUGUGGUCCGAUGGCACGCCGACAAGCAGAUACGUCGGAUUCUGGAGGCACGAUCAGCCGGACUUCAUCAAUGGAUCGUGUGCAGUGGGAAAAGUUGAAAAACGUGAUUUGGAGUGGAGACUUGAGACGUGCAACCUGUUGAGGAGGUUUGUCUGCGAGAGGCCGGCAUGCGUUCAAGGCUCAUACUUCUGCUCGUCGGGCAACUGUAUUCCGGAAUCGAAAAAAUGCAAUGGCUUGAGCGAUUGCGACGACGGAAGCGAUGAGCAGAACUGUCCGUCAGCAUUCCAGCCGGCAUGUCACACGUAUGAGAAGGGCGAUUCGGGUCAGAUCACCUCGCCCAACUAUCCGAACCCAUAUGAGCCGAAUCUCAAUUGUCGGCAUGUCAUUGAAGGUCCCAUCAAUUCGCGAAUUGAGCUAACUAUUGAGCAUUUCGAAACUGAGCCUGACUUUGAUGUUCUCACCGUCUUCGACGGCGGUCCCGCCGAGAAUAGCACCUCAGUCAUCCGCCGAAUGUCGGGAUCAAUGGAGACGGUCCAACUUCUCGCCUCGUCGACGAAUAUGAUGAUUGUGCAAUUCCACACCGACGCUCAAUCGAACUCGCGCGGAUGGCAGAUGAAAUGGCGAGCGGUGCCGUUCGCAUGCGGCGGCGCCUUCAAUGCUCAGGCCUACGUGCAAUCGUUCUCAUCGCCCGGCUAUCCGAAAUCGUUUGCCAACGGCGCCGAAUGUGUGUGGACCAUCGAGACCAAUCAAGGACAAGUCGUCUCGCUGAUUAUCGACGAUUUCUCGAUGGGAAACGAUGACAAACUCAUCAUGUAUGAUGGAGCAACACCGGCGGCCAUCGAGCUCGCUUCCUUCUCGGGAAACUUGACGACGAAGACGUACAUCACGUCGUCGAGCAAUAUCGUCUAUGUCUACAUGAUGACGCGAAGGGACUCGAACGCCCACGGCUUCUCGAUAUCGUAUAAACGCGGAUGCGAUUUGCGUCUGAGCGACACGCACGGCGAACUCGUCUCGCCGGGCAAUCUCAACUCGUUCUAUCCCAACGGCAUCUCGUGCACUUAUACCAUUGAGCAGGAGAGCAUGAGCAAUGAUCGGGGUUUGAGUCUUCUAACGAAUCGCUUCGAUCUCGCCGAUGACGACACGUUGGGAAUCUUCGAGAAUUCUAUCAAGGGAAUCGCACUUCAUGAAGGCGCUGGAUUCGACGCGAAACAACGUCCAGACACCCAUAUCAAAUCCAAAGCGAAUCGGCUUCAAGUCGUCUUCAAGGCUAGCGCUUCAAGAAACGCGUUCGGAUUCAAUUUCACCUACUCGAUCGAUUGCCCGCCGCUUCCCGAAGUUCCAAUGGUCACCGUGUCGACGAGGGAUCGAUCGGCGAACACGAAGGUGGUGGUGUCGUGCCCCAAGGGAUUCGAGUUCUCCUCCGGCGAGGGAGUGUCGCAGCAGAUCGAAUGCAAGAUUGGUGGUGAAUGGUCCCAAUCGAUCAUCUCCACGUGCCAGCCAAUCUACUGCGGCCCGGUGCCGCAAAUCUCGAACGGCUUCGCCUCAUCGGCGACAAACGUGAGCUUCGGCGGCGUCGCGAAAUACUCGUGCUACAAGGGCUUCUACUUCGCCAGCGGCAAAGAGGUCGAAUCGGUGUACUGCGGCGACGGCGGCAAAUGGAGCGCACCGCCGCAGUGCAAAGCCGCCUCCUGCCAACCGCUGCCGCAAUUCACCAAUGGCGAUCGCACGCUCGAGUUUGGCGACGGCACCGGAUUCGGAAGCGUGUUUCGAUUCAAAUGCCAUUCGGGCUAUCGACGGGAAGGCGUUGAAUCGCUUCUCUGCAAAUCGGAUGGAUCGUGGUCGUCGACACAGCCGACAUGCUCAAAAAUCGCGUGCACCGAUAUUCCAACGAUCCCCAACGCUCGCAUCGAAGUGCCCCAUCGAUUUUUGUACGGCGACGUCGCGCGCGUCGUCUGCCACAGCGGAUUCGAUCUCGAAGGGCCCGAAGAGAUUCGUUGUCUGGCCAAUCAAACGGUGUCGUCGACGCCGAUUUGCGUCGACGUCGACGAGUGCGCGACGGGAAGCAGUCAAUGUCAGACGAUUGGCACGAAAUGCACAAAUCUGCCGGGCUCAUACAAAUGCGAGUGUUUGAGCGGUUUUCAGCCGCAAUUGAUGUGCGUCGAAGCAUCGCCUAUUACGGCAAACAUUGCGCAAUCGCCGACGACCCCGCGUUGGUGUGCGUUCGACGGCACCAACACUGUCGUCAUGCGAUUCGCGAUUCCGAUGAUCGUUGAGCGCAUUCGACUCGGCGACGUUCAGAAUGGCACCGUGAAAUCGAUCACGUUGAAGUACUCGGAAUCCAGCGGCAAAUCCACAAGGAAACUCAUUCUUGACAAUCAAUCUGUUUAUGAAGUUGACGAUGAGCUUAUGGUGAUACUUCCGAUCGCCAUUGAAGCUCAAGUGCUGGAAAUCACGAUUCACAAGUUCGACGGCUCGCCAUGCGCCGAUAUUGAAGCGCUUGGAUGCCAGCGGACGUCGUGUGCCGACGUCAACGAGUGCUUGAAAAACAACGGCCACUGCGAUCACAUUUGUGUGAAUACGCAAGGCUCAUACACGUGCUCUUGCCGCAAUGGCUAUGAUCUUUUCGUCGAGAAUGGACAAGCUGGCGUUAAUGUGUCGGCUGGUGAGACCGGAAUGGAUAACAAUGACUUUGUGAGAUUCAACAAAACCUGUGUGCCACGCCAAUGCCUUCCAGUUUCCUCACCGGAAAAUGGAAAACUUCUCUCAACUGCCUCAAAAUUCCAUUACCCAAUGGUUGUGCAAUUUGUGUGCGAUUUUGGCUAUCAAAUGAUGGGACCUGAUUAUAUUCAAUGUCUUGCCGAUGGCACGUGGAAUGGAACUGAGCCAUUUUGUUUGCCGGCAACUUGUCAAGGAAUUGAAGCUGAUCCAAUGGACGGUCUGAUUGUGUCACCGCCAAACUCAACAGUCUCGUUCGGGCAGAAUGUGACCUAUUCUUGUACACUUCCUGAAAGACCUGCAAAAACCGCAUCGCUCUCGACAAACCGACAAUGCAUUUUCGAUCCCCAGGAAGAUGGAAGAGAUUACUGGUUGUCUGGUCCGCCAGCCGAAUGCCCCUAUAUCGAAUGCCCAACUCCUCCGGUGAUGCCAGGUGCUGUAUAUGUCGGAGAUGUGAACGACAGGAAGAUGGGAUCGACACUGGAGUUCACUUGUCGCCAACCGUACACCGUUGUUGGAAAAUCGACAUCGGGCGAUCAGACAAUCCGUUGCAUGCCGGACUCGAGUUGGGACCUUGGCGAUUUGCGAUGCGAGGGACCUGUCUGCGUCGAUCCGGGAUUCCCGAAUGAUGGCAAUGUGCAGCUAGCCAGCGUCGAGGAAGGUUCGGUGGCAAGCUUCUCAUGCAAUCGACCGGGCUACGUGCCAUUCCCAACCGACACCCUUCAAUGCACAUUGGGUUCGGCCUGCGUGCUAUCGGAAGACGUCGGCAUCACGUCGGGUUUCGUGCCGGACGGCGCGUUCUCCGACAACUCCGACUCGACGAAUAGCGGCUAUGAGCCGCACAAAGCGCGAAUGGGAUCCACCGGAUGGUGUGGAGCCAAAGACGCGUUCAUCUUCCUUAGUGUCGACCUUCAACGCGUCUACACAUUGACGACGUUGCGAAUUGCUGGUGUCGCCGGAAGCGGUCAUUUGAAGGGACACGUGACGAAGCUUCAAUUGUUCUACAAAACGCAAUUCUCCAAGAACUACGACACAUAUCCAGUGGAAUUUGAGACGCCUAGCGGCAAUCACAACGCGAUGCACCAUUUCGAUUUGAAGCCGCCACUUCGCGCCAGAUACAUCCUUCUCGGCGUUUAUGAAUACGAGGGCCAUCCGUGCAUGCGAUUUGAUAUGAUGGGAUGUUUGGCACCGAUAUCAGCGACGCACGAGGUCGACAAUCAUCUUCAGAUCGGCUGGAAUGGCUCUGUGCCGGAAUGCGUCGACAUGGAGCCGCCGAGAUUCGAGAAUUGUCCGACGAGCGAGAUAUUCGCGAAAACCGACGAGAACGGCCAACUCAUGCCGAUUGAGUACACCGAGCCGAAAGCUGUCGAUAAUAGCGGCAAAAUCUCGUAUACACAAGUGGAGCCGAUGGGAAUGAGCAGUGGAUUGAUGGUGACCACCGAUAUGGAUGUCACCUACACCGCGUUCGAUUCGGCUGGAAACACUGCCAUUUGUGUGGUCCGCAUCAGAAUUCCAGACACCCAGCCGCCUGUAAUGAAGUGUCCUGACUCGUACACAAUUCCUGUCGGCAACUCAUCAACCCAUGUUGUCUUCGACGUCUCCACAGUGGAUCUCGUCGUUCAUGACACUUCAAACAUUUCCGAGAUUGUGUUCACACCGUCGGAAGCUGAUUUAAAGAUUGGCGAAUAUGUUGAAGUCAGUGCCACCGCAAAAGACGAGUAUGGCAACAAGAACAUGUGCAAAUUCCAAGUCGCCUAUUCGCCUGAAGCCUGUUCGCCAGCCUCGCUGGCCUCCACGCAGCACGUCAUCAAACAUUGCGUACACCAGGACGCCGCGGUGGUGUGCACCGUCUCAUGCGCCACCGGUUAUCGAUUCGUCGAUCCUCAGCAGACUACGCAGAAUUAUGUGUGUCGCGAUGGAAAAUGGUCGCCGCGGAAUAAUGCGCCAUCUUGCGUGCCGAUUCCUGAGCAGCCCGCUGGUUUCCAUUUAAACGUCGCUAUCAAUUAUCCGGUCAGCUCGCCGGUUGCCGAUCAUUGCCUCAAUGGAUACGCGCAACUCGCCGCCAAAUCGUUUGAUCAACUCGAUAAGGUGCUCAGCGAGCGAUGCUCGAGCUCGGUUCAAGUGUUUGUGCGUCUGCUCAAACUCGAUUUUAGCAAUGAACACGGAAUGGUUAGCGGCAACUACAGUAUUCAAGUGCUUCCGACAGUACUCCAGAGCGUCUUCUAUGAUCUUUGCGGUCUGACAUUGCGCACGAUUUUUGAUCUCCGCGUCCCCGGAGCCACUCAGCCGAUCAAAUCGCUUCUCACUUUGAACGGCGAAUCAAUCGUCUCGCAGACGGUGGGAUGUCCGACAAUCAAUGCAGCGGGAUCCAUGGUGUCUCAAGGAUUUGAAUGCCCGAAUGGCGAGGUGCUUAGACAGGAGCAGAAGGACAAGCUCCCUGAGUGCAUGGCGUGUCCCAGUGGAUCAGUGAAUGUUAACAAUACGUGCGUUCUAUGCCCAAGAGGAUCUUAUCAGGAUGUUGCUGGUCAGGUUAUGUGCAAAUCGUGUCCUGAUGGAACGUACACAUUGGAUGAAGGAUCUCAUUCCGUCGGAAGUUGCCUUCCUGUUUGCGGUUACGGUAUGUACAGUAUCACUGGAUUGAUUCCUUGCCAACUUUGUCCACGCCAUACGUUCUCGGGAGCGGCGCCGAUCGGCGGAUUCAAAGAAUGCGUCGCGUGUCCGUCGGGCGCCUACACGGCGAAACUGGGAGCGUCGUCGGCGACGGAAUGCCGGCUCGCUUGCAAGCCGGGAACUUACAGCAAUACGGGAUUGGAGCCGUGCUCGCCGUGCCCGAUCAACUAUUAUCAGCCGAACGCCGGCCAGCAGAGCUGCAUCGAAUGCGCGAACAGCACGUCGACGCAAACCACCGGCGAGGCCAGCGAGUCGUCGUGUUUGCCGAUUGAUUGCGCGGCGAAAAUGUGCGAGAAUCGCGCCGAAUGCAGUGUGUUCAUGCACAAAGCCAAAUGUCACUGCAAGCCGGGAUAUGUUGGAGAUCGUUGCGAGACGAUUGAAGACGUCUGCUCGACACAACCGUGCUUCAAUGGCGGCAAAUGCGAACAGUUUGGAACCUCCUACAAGUGCACAUGCAAGAAGAACUUCACUGGAGCUCAGUGCCAAUUCGAAACUGAUGAGUGCAUUGGCGUGAAGUGCCCGAAUGGAGGAGUUUGUCAUGAUCUGCCGGGCGUCGGAACCACCACAUGCUUGUGCAGGACCGGCUUCUCGGGACCACAAUGCGAAGAGGUCACCGACAUCUGCUCAACAAACAACCCGUGCAAAAAUGGUGCGAGAUGUAUCGGCGAGAAGCUCGGCCGCUUCAAAUGCCAAUGUGUGCCCGGCUGGGAUGGUCCGACAUGCGAGCACAAUAUUGGUGAGCCCGUUAUUCGCUUUUUUUGGCUUUCAUUAUUGCUCUAUGUUGCCUAA